UCUACUUCGGCUCUCUCAGUUGUCAAAGACGAAAAAUACUUCGCUUCUCUCCAACUGAACUGAAGCGACGGACGACCAAGAAUCGCAGUCCAACUCUUCAACCGACGGAAGGCCAGUAGGGAGGACGAGUCCAGCCCUAGUGACGAUCGCCUGCAAGUACAUCGGCGAGAGAGUUCCAGGUAACACGGCUAUUGGAGCUGAAACAGUUAAACCCUACAAUUGGUAGGCAACCUCUGGAUGGUUACAUGCUUCUUCGUUGUAGUAAAUUGAAUUGACUGCAGAUUAUGGAGAGGCAAAAUGGAGAGAAGUCACGACGAGAGAAGCGUAAAGAAGCUAGAAAGGAGAUGAAACAGAGAAAAAAUGAAUCUUGGUUGGCACAUCAGAAAUCGAAAGGCCUCAAGAAAGCUGAGCAAUUAAAGACAAAGUCGGCGAAAUCAAAUAAAUCAGAGGCGAAGAGUUUGAAAGAGAGAUCAGGUGGAAAGGUAGCUCCUAACUUGUUGAUUGAACGGGAUUUACAGAGAAAGAGUACGAAAGGGAAGGUGAAAGAUUCUGUUGUUGCUCGAGGGAAUGUAAAAGAAAAAGAUAGUUUGAAGAGAAAAUCACAAACAGGGUUUGAAGAGUUUCUUCAAAUAGAGAUGCAAAAUAAGGAAUUGUUGGCACAUGAAGAUUUGGAAGUUGAGAAAAGGCUUGCUAAGAAACUUAAGGUCAAGGAUAAAAUGCUGAGGGGCAUGGAUGAUGGUCUUAAUGAUCUUCUCGGAGGCAUGCCAUCUGCAUUUGAAUCUUUCAAUGAAGAAGAUGUCUCAGAUGGUGAAGCUUACUUCAAUGAGAAUAUAGAGGAUGGUAGUUCUGCCAGCGAAGGUCAAGAAGAUAUGUCCUCUGCAGAAGAUACAGAAGAUACCCACUCUGAAGAUGUUGCAGAAUCUGAUAUGUCGGAACCAGUAGACAACGAGGUGGAACAUGAAGAAACUGGCUCUGAGAUAUCUUCACGUAAGAGACGCAGGAGGAGAAAGAAAUCAAAGCAGAGCCAAGAAGGUGAUAUGCCAAGUAACACAUCAAAUAGAGAUUCCGGUGUAGAAGCAGUUGACGUAGGGGGUGAACUGAAGGAGGCUGUUGAUGUCUCUGCACCACUGGUUGGUGUGAAGUAUAUUGCUCCCCAUUUGAGAUCUCGAGCUGGAGAUGAGUCUGAAGAUCAUACCCAAAUCCGAAGACGAGUUCGCGGUCUACUGAACAGGUUGUCUGAGUUCAAUAUAGAAUCCAUUACUGGGGAAAUGGCUACGAUAUUUAGAUCUCUCAGCCGCAGUGUUAGUACUCAAAUUAUCAGUGGCGAGGUGUUGGCUGCGUGUUCUGGUGGCCCCCGUGGCAAUGAACAGUACGCUGCUGUUUUUGCCGCAUUUGUUGCAGGCAUGGCCUAUUCUGUCGGGCAGGAUUUUGGUGCAAAACUCAUGGCUUCACUCGCUACGUCUUUUGAGGACGAGUACCGUAAAGAAGACAAUCUUUCUUUGAGAAACCUCACUCUAUUGCUCUCCUAUUUAUACAUUUUUGGAGUUUGCUCAAGUGAUUUGAUAUACGACUUUUUGAUCAUGUUGAGCAAGCGGUUGACAGAGGUUGAUGUUUCCACCAUCUUGACUGUUUUGCAAUGCUGUGGGAUGAAAAUAAGAGGAGAUGACCCUGCUGUCAUGAAAAACUUCAUUCAGACUGUUCAGAAUAGGGUUCAUGAGCUGAAGGCUUCAUCGAGUGAAGAACAGGAAAAAAUCAAUGGCAAAAGGAUGGAAUUCAUGCUUGAAACCAUAUGUGACAUAAAAAAUAACAAGAAGAGGUCUCAUGGAGAAACUUCAGAACACACCCGGAUCAAGAAGUGGCUGCAAAAGUUGAGCGCUGAAGACAUCUUGCUUCGAGGACUUAAAUGGAGCAAGCUGCUUGAUCCUCACAAGAAGGGUCAGUGGUGGUUGUCCGGUGAUCUUGCUGGUAAAGCUGAUGAUGCUGAAAAAGUUGCAAAUACAAUUGACAAAGAGGUGCUGGAGGCUCAAAGCAUGCUGCAGCUUGCCGCUGCUCAGAGGAUGAAUACUGAUACAAGAAAGGCAAUCUUCUGUAUCAUAAUGAGUGGAGAGGAUUAUGUGGAUGCCUUUGAGAAGCUUCUGAGAUUAGAUCUGCCGGGGAAGCAGGACAGGGAGAUUAUGCGGGUCCUCGUUGAGUGCUGUUUACAGGAGAAAGUCUUUAACAAGUACUACACUGUUUUGGCUUCCAAACUGUGUGAACAUGAAAAGAACCACAAGUUCACAUUGCAGUUUUGCAUUAGAGACCACUUCAAAGAGCUGGAAUCGAUGUCGCUUCAGAGGUCAAUGCACCUAGCCAAGUUUGUAGCAGAGAUGGUUACUUCUUUCGUGCUCUCCCUUUCAGUGGUCAAGACCAUUGACUUUGACGACGUCGCACAGCUAACCCCCAAAAGGGUCAUGCAUUUCCGGAUCUUGUUUGAGUCGAUAUUCGAGUACCCCGGUAAUACCGUUUGGAACACUUUCACUCGCUUAGCAGGCGAUGAAGAGCUGGAACCACUUCGUGGAGGAAUGGAGUUCUUCAUCAGGGAGUAUGUUGUGAAACCUAACAAGGCCCUUGCUAGCAAAUUCAAACUUGCCAAAAGGGCCCUCAAUAAUGUGGAAAGGGUUCUCAUGUGAGUCUCCGGCAUUAGGCUUUUGUUCUGUUCAUGUUCGGCUGCGCUGUUGCGGCGAAGAUGAAAUUUUUUGUAGCGUCAGAGUUGCGAAUUUCGUGGAAAUCGGAAUCGUUGACCUUUUUUUGUGCAAGUCAUUAUGUAAUGCAAUACGAUAAUUCAAUAUUCAUG